AUGGGUAAGGAAAAGGUUCACAUUAACAUUGUUGUUAUUGGACAUGUCGACUCUAGAAAAUCAACCACAACUGGUCACUCGAUCUACGAGCUUGGUGGUAUUGACAAGCGUGUGAUCGAGAGGUUUGAGAAGGAAGCUGCUGAAAUGAACAAGCGUUCAUUCAAGUAUGCCUGGGUGCUCGACAAGCUUAAGGCUGAGCGUGAAAGAGGAAUUACCAUCGAUAUUGCCUUGUGGAAAUUUGAAACCACCAAGUACUACUGCACAAUCAUUGAUGCCCCCGGACAUCGUGACUUUAUCAAGAAUAUGAUUACCGGAACCUCCCAGGCUGAUUGUGCUAUCCUUAUUAUCGAUUCCACCACUGGUGGUUUUGAAGCCGGUAUCUCUAAGGAUGGACAAACCCGUGAACAUGCUCUUCUUGCUUUUACUCUUGGAGUGAAGCAGAUGAUCUGUUGUUGUAACAAGAUGGAUGCUACUACCCCAAAGUACUCCAAGGGAAGGUAUGAGGAAAUCAUGAAGGAAGUUUCUUCCUACUUGAAGAAGGUUGGUUACAACCCAGACAAAAUUCCAUUUGUUCCCAUCUCUGGUUUUGAGGGAGACAACAUGAUUGAGAGGUCCACCAACCUUGACUGGUACAAGGGACCAACUCUCCUUGAUGCUCUUGACAACAUCAACGAGCCCAAGAGACCCUCUGACAAGCCCCUAAGGCUUCCAUUGCAAGAUGUUUACAAGAUUGGUGGUAUUGGAACUGUGCCAGUGGGACGUGUUGAAACUGGUGUUGUGAAGCCCGGUAUGCUUGUUACUUUUGCUCCUACUGGUUUGACAACUGAGGUUAAGUCUGUUGAGAUGCACCACGAGGCUCUCACUGAGGCUCUACCAGGAGACAAUGUCGGAUUCAAUGUUAAGAAUGUUGCAGUCAAGGAUCUCAAGCGUGGUUUUGUUGCAUCCAACUCCAAGGAUGACCCUGCCAAGGAAGCUGCCAACUUCACAUCCCAAGUCAUCAUCAUGAACCAUCCUGGACAGAUUGGAAACGGUUAUGCACCAGUGCUCGACUGCCACACCUCUCACAUUGCUGUGAAGUUUGUUGAACUUAUCACCAAGAUUGACAGGCGAUCUGGUAAGGAAAUUGAGAAGGAGCCCAAGUUUUUGAAGAAUGGUGAUGCAGGUAUGGUUAAGAUGGUUCCCACCAAGCCCAUGGUGGUGGAAACUUUUGCUGAGUAUCCUCCUCUUGGACGUUUUGCUGUGAGGGACAUGAGACAAACUGUUACUGUCUCUAUCAUUCAUACUUUGUGUAGUUUAACCUGUAAUGUUUUUGUGCAUUUGGAUUUUCGAAGACGUGUUUUACGUUUAACAGGAGAGUACGGACGUGAUUGUGAGAUGGUCAAAAGCAUAGGUGAGGUUUAG